AUGGAAGUCUCCGAAGAAACCGUGCGGAAGAUCCAGAAAUUCGCUGCCAAUCGUUCAGCAGCGGAAAAAGAGUCCACAAGCCAAACUCUUCCUGCAACGGCCCUGCAUGCCUACGCACGACGUUUAGAUGGGACCCUGCGAGAGCUCCAGGAGCAGGUUCGGCGCCAGGAAGAUGAUCUCAAGAAGCUUCGGGAGAUUCGUUCGCAUGGCCUCUUAGAAGACGAGAACGACCCUUGGGCACGUGUCUCCCAUGCACGACGGGCCAAAAAGGCAUAUGAUUCAUUGCUCCAAACUGAAGAAGAGCUUCCAGUUACAGACUCUGCUCUGCCUUCGCUGAUGGCUACCGAGGAGACAUCCAGACUCAUUAAAGAUAGCAAGGUCUCCGUCUUCGUAACGGCACAGAAGCUAUCUGAAGAUCGUGAGCAGCUUCGGAUCGAGGAGGCUAAUUUACGAGAUUCUCGCGCGAUUUCAAAAGGACUGCGAGAACGACUCCAACGGAUCCGCAGUGCCAAUGACCGAAAGCAAGAACAAACGCCUUCACAAGUAGCCCAAGAAGUGCUAAGGGAGCAGAAAAAGAAAAAUAAGGAGCUGGAACGGGAAUCUGAAAGCCUCACAGACUCAUUGAACUCUUUUAUUGACGAGACCUUGGCGCCUAUGCUUGCUGCGGAGGAUCUUGGCGGCCCGACAGUGGGGGAUGCCUUGGAGGUAUCUGACGCAACACUCAACGCGGGUUAUACCGCCCAUGGGAAACCAAAGAAACAGAAAGUGUCAACAGAGAAUGACGGGCAGCAGCGGAUCGAUAAGUUUGUGCGACGCAACAAUGAUGGUUCGAAGCCGACGAAGAAACGGGAAGCGGCUGCAGCCGAGGUCCAUGAACUUUUGGAUGCUCUGCUGGAAGCGGGCACAUCCUAUGUGGUUUUGGAACGGGACUCGGCUAUUUCGCGGUUUCUUGUGAGAGCUAAAGUGGCCCAAUUUCAUCCACGAGAUGCACGGCGCCUGCGGUUGAUAGACUUCGGGCGCUCGUUGGCCGGAUAG